CUGGACGUCUGCACAUUCUCCAUUUCGUCGUGCUGGCAGGCUAGCCAUCGUCAAAGCAGGCCUUUGCAAAAUGGCUGAAGAACUAGAACGGUCGGGCUCGCCUACUCUUCUUGACAAGCUGGAUGAGAUUGUGCCCGCCCCGCUUGCUCAGUUCGACGCUUUCCCCAAGGUGCCUUCCACGUACAAGACGCGCUCAGAGUCUCGGGGAUUUCUCACUCUUUUCGUGGCGAUCGUGGCCUUCCUGCUCAUUCUGAAUGAUCUUGGAGAGUAUAUCUGGGGCUGGCCUGAUUACGAGUUCAGCGUCGAUACGGACAGCGCAAAUGACUUGAAUAUUAAUGUGGAUCUCGUCGUCAACAUGCCAUGUCGAUUCUUGAGCGUCGAUUUACGUGAUGCUGUUGGCGACAGGCUAUAUUUGAGUCGCGGGUUUCGUCGGGAUGGUACGAAAUUCGACAUUGGGCAAGCAACGUCUUUGAAGGAGCAUGCUGCGGCGCUGUCUGCUCAGCAGGCCGUCGCUCAGUCACGCAAGUCCCGCGGCUUCUUCUCAAUGCUCUUUCGGCGAAACAGUAACCAAUAUCGACCGACCUAUAAUUAUCAAAAAGACGGAAGCGCAUGUAGGAUCUAUGGCACCAUCACCGCGAAGAAGGUUACCGCGAAUCUGCAUAUAACCACAGUCGGACAUGGGUACACGAGCCGAGAUCAUGUCGACCAUCACCUCAUGAAUCUCUCCCACGUUAUCACUGAGUUCUCGUUUGGGCCCUAUUUCCCCGACAUUACUCAGCCUCUCGACGACUCCUUUGAGUUGACGCAUGAUCCAUUCGUGGCAUAUCAGUACUAUCUCCAUGUCGUCCCGACAACAUACAUUGCGCCGCGGUCCGCGCCAUUGCAUACUCAUCAGUAUAGCGUGACGCACUAUACCCGCAAGCUGGCUAGCCAUCACGGCACUCCGGGCAUUUUCUUCAAAUUUGAUAUGGAACCGCUCAGCCUGACAAUCCAUCAGCGGACGACCACUCUCGUACAGUUACUGAUCAGAUGUUUCGGCGUCGUCGGUGGCAUAUUCGUCUGCAUGGGGUAUGCAGUUCGUAUCACGACUCGUGCCGUGGAGGCCGUCUCCGGUGUGGACAGGACGCAAGGCAUCGUCGCAGCGGAAGCAAGUGGCAUUGGUGUCGGUAUCCGUAAACGAUUUGGAAGCGCCGACCUGCGGUUGCGUCCAGGCUCGAACAGUGGGAGAGCUGUCAGACAAGGAUCGGGCUGGACUGUAGAGGGCGGUACCCCUUAUGGAAGUUAUGCAGGAACUCCUGUCACCGCUGGAUUCCCGACUUCGGCAGGGUACCCGUCGUCGCCUUACAGCCCUUCCGUCUCAAGCCCGCAUCCGAGUGCUCCACCUCCUCACCGUCGAAAUGCCUCCGGUCUGGGCUUAGGAAUAUCGUCUCCUUCGUUUGGCCCUUCACCACGCACCUCGGCCUUUUCCACCACAGGGUUGCCCUUUCCGACGGCUGCGACUGCGGGAUCACCAUACGCUGGUGGGCCGUCCGUGCCGCCUACGCCAGGGUCAGCUGGAAAUGGCUUCUACACGCACUUCCCUCCGACGCCGAACCCUGCGAAUGAAGCUGGCUCUGCAUUCCCCAGCUCGCCUAUACCUGAAGCGUCAACGUUUGCCACACAGCAGGCCCUGCCAUCUCAUCCUCCGAGGAGAGAGAGUGGGCUGGGGCAUUCGACCAAGGAAAGCAUUAGCAAGGGGAAAGCUGAUUGAAAUAGCAUUGCGAACGCGUUUGAUACAGGGACUCCAUUGGUCAUAUAUGUCGUUGCUAUCUGUGUUGUACCGUAUCAAGUUAGUUCCAUCUUGCUGCGCAACGUGUCUUCUUGAGUAGAUGGCAUGUUGAGCCUCAUCAGUCAGCGGCGUCACUAUCGUCCACCG